AUGCCGUCGCGGUUCGAUCAAGACAAUCACAACAAUACAUUGCAAAACUUGGUGCGCAUGUACUUUGGAGUUUCGCUGCCAUUGUCGGCCGACGGCGCAAAGCAGCUGAUUGCUGCAACGGCAGAGUCGGCAAAACGACCCGAAACUACUUUGCAGGACGUGAUCCGCUUCUGCUCUGACCUUGGAGGCCGAAGUCCGCAUCAACUUGCAGAUAUAUUGGGGGCGGAGGAUGCCUCCCGCUUGGCCGACUUUUAG